AUGGACCAUUUUCGUCCAGAGUGUAAUGGAAUCUAUAGAUCACACAUGACUAGACAUAGAGACCGUCCAAUGCAGAAGCUUGCACCUCUUCCGCGAGAACUUCUGCCAAGCUUUCGUCGAUUCAAAUUUCAUAGAAAGUCUAUCGCAGAUCUCACAAGGAGAACUCUCGGACUAAACAACUGCUCAGCUCCAAUAUCAAAGUGUCGUGAAUCCCUGCUUUGUGAGAAUGGUCUUAUGUGUCAUUCCACUUCUGGAUAUUGUUGCCUCACCAUGGAUAGAAUAACAGUGGUGAAUGACUGCAACGCUGAGCCACAUACCCUUUUCGGAGCUGCAGAGCGUAUCAAAUUUCACGUGAUUGCUCUGCGAGGGACCAAGAGCAGAAGGAGAGACGUACGACAGAUGAACGACGGUAAGUCAUCCGCUGAAAGAAAGUUCCAUGGCAAAAUGAGUGCCAGAGGCAUCGAGGAGGAACCAAAUGUGGAUUACGACCUGCUACUCAGAGGACGGCGAGCCUCCGCUGUACGUGCCGCGAAGCAGCGCACGACAAACCUGGACCAAAUUUCGAAGCCCUCUAAGGAAUUGUUGGAAAGGAGAAAGACUUUGAGGCUUGAUCCGAAUAGCGAAGUACCAAUAGAGCUCAAGGAAUUGAACGAAGCAGGGAAGAAAAUAGCACUGCGAAUAAACAGAAACGAGUGCGAGGGAGCUAAACGAGUGGAAGAGAUGUUGGGGCCCGCACGUUCAGUGAAGGCGACCAUCUAA